AUGACAUUUCGGACGACUGCAACUGCCCAAGAAAAGGGGAAACAGCCUUUGAUAGGCCGCAUUGAGGCUGCACUGCAAGGCUGCCGCAGGGAAGACUGCGCUAUGGCCCGCACAGAAACCGACAUUGGCUCAAGUCUCAGCCUUGUCUGGAGCUGCGGCCUCUAUAAGAAUGAUGAAGGGUUCUCCCCUCUCCAUCCAAAAAAAGAGCCUCAGCCGUCCAAACUGACCUCUGUUCAUGGCCGGGACAGGAUGUCUCCAACAACUAGUAGCCACUCCGACUAUGACCCGCUCCCUAGCCAAGGUCACCAAUCACCACGUCCAAUCCAAAACGCAGAGACACCGGCAGCAUGGGGAAUCGGCUGGAAGUGUCCGAAUCUGAUGAUCGGGCUCGUCACUUGCGGCGCGAUGCUGUCAGUGGGACAUCAUUUCUACUACCGCAGCUUCGAUGACACCCUCGUCGAUUCUAUCGACCAGCAAACAUGGGCGAUCCGGGUUGGAACCGGCUUUGCCUUCCUAAUCAAAGCAUGCCUCGUCUCCGCGGUUGGAGUGGCAGCGGUGCAGGAGACCUGGGCCACUCUCCGCCGAAAGAGUGUGAAACUUAGUGGGAUUGACGGCAUGUUUGCUGUCCUGGACAAUCCGCUUGCCUUUCUUACCCCUGACCUAUGGAUGCACGCGAAAACGCUCACUGUCCUGGCGAUCGUCUCUUGGCUAAUCCCAUUGAUGGCUAUUGUCACGCCGUCUACUCUCUAUGUCAUUGCCUUGCCAACCUGGCAGACUUCCCAACUUGAAGUUCCAAGCGUGAGCUUUGCUAAAUCCUUCUGGAUCGGCCUGGUAACACUCGAGGGAGCAGGAUACAUCAAUUCACCGUCGCCCGGCAUCAGCCGCCUCUUCACAAUGAUCGCCUCGUCUAUGCAAUUGCCUCCAGUCCCUGCACCAUUCCCCAGAUCAUCCUACACGCUAACAUUCUGGGGCCCCUCAUACAAGUGCCAGAGCCUUAGCGAAGCUCUCUUAGACGUGCACGGGUUGAGCCAGGCACUGUGGGAUAGCGAGAUCGGGAACACAACGGACCAGUCGCGCAGAGCUUAUUCCGGGGUUGCUCCUCAAGAUCUUAACAAUACACUUUUUGUAUGGGCUGCAGGGCAGAACUCGCUGUGGAACGAUGACGCCUCGCGACCGACCGAGCUCGUCUGCCAGCUCUGGAAUACCUCCUACGUGGUCGGCCUUUCUUUCAACGAUGGCAUUCAGACCCUAACACCUAUAUCAGUAGAUCACGUCGCCUAUUCCAACUGGACUGCAGGCGCUGGUUCUUCCUCUCUACUCGAGGAUAUAGGCCCGACAGUGAAUGGGGGGUUCUACGUGGUACAUAUGCUAUUUUCCGGCCUUAUCCAGGGUGACUGGCUCACUGGUUCUACGGGGUCAGUGGCAGAGAACAUAACCUCACAGACGGCGUUCACCAAAUUGUCCAUCGCACAGACCGGCCUCUUUGCAUGUCCGGAGAUGUGGAAUACCAGUCAAUAUGAUUACCUUCACGGCGACAGCUCAACCACUUCUUGUCGGAACAGAACACUGGCUCGAGCAAUCGAAGAUCUCUCGCAAAAUUUCACCUACAGCCUCCUCAAUCUCAAUGCCGCAAACACCACUGUCGACGUGCUGGACUUGACAUCGCGCAACUUCUACCAGUACGGUGAGGGAUAUCUGAUACUAGCCUACAUGACUGCGAUUGGAGUCACUGUUGCGUGCGUCAUUGUUGGAUUUUUUGCCCUCUGGCGGAAUGGUGUCUCACAGAACACCUCGUUUUCGAGUGUCCUUAUGACAACGCGGAAUCCGGAGCUGGACCGUCUGGCCAUUGGCCAUUGUCUGGGAUCCGAGCCGUUGAAAAAAAGAAUGGGGAAGGUCCGGUUGCAGUAUGGGGAGAUUGAGGGCUCGGAUCAGCGGUAUAAGCACGCGGCGUUUGGAACCAAGGGAUCGGUGAUGGCUCUGACGAAGGGAGAGCAUUAUUACUAG